AUGGUACGGGCGCCGCGCGGGCGCCCUCUGCGGGCCGGGAGGAGCAAGCUGCGGCAGGAGUCGGAAUCCCAGACUCGUGGAACGCAAGCGCAGAGCCCAGAGGAGCAGGACGUGGAGCAGCAGACUCCCGUGUCCAUCUCCCUCCUCAACCAGCUGCAGAUCCACGGGUGGCUGAGCUCAGGUCCAGCACUGCUGCUGCAGUGCUCUGGCUGUGCCUUGCAGGGAGAAGCAUCAGACUCUGGCAGGCUCAGAGCACAGAGGGUCUCCUGGCUUAGUCAGCUGCCCCUUUACCAGUUCAAGGAGACAAAGAGGAAGCUCCAGUGCCAGCAGGAAAGGCUGGGCCCAGGAACCUACAACAUCAGGGACUUUCUGCAGGACACACGUCCCUGCAGCCCGCGGGGCAUCUGCCACACCAGGGAGCCACGCUUCAGGAGUGGCCGCAGGGACUGCUUCCCUGGCCCUGGCACGUACGGCCCGCGGGGGAACCCCUACGCCCCCCUGGAGGAGAGGGAGAAGCGCUCUGCCGGCACACGGGGGCUGAUGGACAGCAGGACAGCCAAGUGCGCCCCGCCGGCGGCCACGGGCAGUGGCCUGGGGCCUGGCACCUACCGGCUGCCGGGCAGCAUCGGGGAGGGGCUGCGGCGGGCAGGCAGCUUCGGCCUCCGCAAGGCUUCCUCGGGGGACAAGGCGAAGCCAGCCGGUGGUGGCCGUCAAGCCCCGGAGCAGGAGAGAGGCGGUGAGCUGAACGCUGUCCCUGUGAAGGGCUUCGUGGAGGAGCUGAUGCUGAAGGAGAACAGGAAGAAAGGCUGCUUCAGCACCCUGCCGAGGAGCCCAGGCUGCCCCACCGAGAGGAUCUGCUGGGCCACGCUUGCUCAGUGCCCCAGGAACACGUAUGCAGUGGGGCCAGGUUCCUACAACCCAAAGCCCCUUGGGAGAUCAGUGUGCCCCAACCAAGCCCCGUUCUGGUCAUCUGCCAAGAGGUUUGACAGAAAGUCCACCCUCCUCUUCACUGGGAACCAGCAGCAUCAGCAGCACGUUGCAGAGCCAGUGCAGAACCCCGUGGGUGUUGGUCGCUAUGACAUCACCAAGCAUGAAAAGGCCCUUCAGAAGAUGAGACGCCAGGCCCUGUACCAGUGCGCGGCGCAGCGGUACCUGAGCAACCCCAAGCGGGAUGCCUACCUGCAUGAGCGACUCAAGCCCGUGGCUAGGAACAGCUGGAGUCAUCUGAUUUCUGCCCAGUGCUGUCCAGAUGCCUCUGAAGAAAUCACUGCUGGUUUCCAGGCAUGAGAUGGUGUUGGGAAGCCCACAUCAGCGAGUGGGUGGCUGACAUGCCAGCACGUGAG